AUGUUCCAGCAGACUCCCAGCUUCUUCCCGACACCGGCUAUUGACCAUGCGUUCGCCGGCUUGGGCGCUGGUGUUGUCGCGGUGCUCUGUAUGCACCCUCUCGAUCUCCUCAAGGUGAAGUUUCAAGUCGCCACAGAUAAACCAAAAGGAGGCAUCGGAAUGCAGAUAUGGCACACUCUCAGAGACAUCAAAGACCAGCAAGGGUGGAGAGGCUUGUAUAGAGGCCUCGCCCCCAAUAUUGCAGGGAACGCAACCAGUUGGGGUUUCUACUUCCUCUUCUAUAAUAUGCUCAAAAACCGCGCAGCGGGAGGUGAUCCGAACUACCAGUUGUCCCCGGGUUCUUAUCUUUUAUGUUCUGCGGAAGCGAGUGCUGUCACUGCCAUCAUGACGAAUCCAAUAUGGGUCGUGAAAGUCCGGAUGUUCACGACGCGCGCAGGCAGCCCAGAAUCGUACCAGGGUCUUUGGCACGGCCUGUCUUCUAUAUAUCACAAAGAAGGCGCAUACGGCCUAUAUCGCGGAACUUCUUUGGCACUUUUCGGUGUAAGCAAUGGAGCAAUUCAGUUCAUGGCUUACGAAGAAAUGAAGCGAUGGGGGUUUGAGCGAAAACGGCGCCAGUAUACCAAGGCAGGCAUCGAAUAUACGGCAAGAGAUGAUAAAUUGUCAAAUACAGCAUAUACCAUAAUGUCUGGUGCAAGUAAAUUGACAGCUCUUACCCUGACCUAUCCUUAUCAAGUUGUACGAUCUCGUAUCCAAAACAACGCAACGAUCCACCUAUACCCUUCAAUUCCAGCCUGUAUUAAGCGUACCUGGAGGGAAGAGGGCUUCCGCGGUUUCUAUCGGGGGUUGGGCACAAAUCUCGUGCGUGUCCUCCCAGGAACGUGUGUCACAUUUGUGGUCUACGAAAAUCUCGCGUGGCUCCUCCGCACGUCGGCAUUGCGUCGAGAACAACGUCGACGAGAUGAUGAGCAGGCAAAUCUCAGCUAA